CUUAGCAGAUAGGCUGAAGGAAACGCCUCGUUCUGCGCAGCUGGAGGCUAGAAAGUGUGGGGAGUUUCGUGAACGUAGCUCGUCUCCUGCCGCGGUUGCUGCAGCGCGCUCGGGGCCAGUCGGACCUGGGAAGGAUCACGACCUGCCGGACGCAACAUGAGCGUCCCGCAUCUGGAAAAUCUGACUGGUGUGACACCACUGCCGACAGUGAGUUAAGGUGAAGCAACUAAUUCCUCUUAGAAGUCUUUUUGUUUUGGAGAUCUGUGCUGACAGUGAUCAAGGGCCUGUUGGUCAUUGAAAUGGAAGAAACAAGGAAGCUCUCCCCAAAGCUGAGUAAAAGCAAAGAGCCUGUGAGAACAGAAUGGGGAUCUCAGAGUGUGGUGUUCACCUAUUUCCAAGGGGACAUUAACAGCGUGAUAGAUGAACAUUUUUCUAGAGCUCUUAGCAACACCAAGAACCCCCAAGACUUGAGCACAAAGCACAAGGGUGAGACCAUUGUCCUGAAAAAUGUAGACAGCAUGUCUCCCCAUCAGUGGAAUUUUUCUUCACAUUGCUACAAACCAUAUCAGUCUUCUUCUGUGACAAGCGUGGCAAACUGCACUUUGAAUUUUUCUGCUGCUGGUGUGGCAGGCCAGUACCAGCCAUCGUCUUUGCGGAGUCAUCCGGCUCAAUCUGCAGGUUUAUGGCCGUUCCCUCCGAUUGGGACUCCCAGUGUCACCAGUUCAGCGUAUCCUCACACCUUCCCCGACCUGCAUGCAGCCAAUGAGCCGCUCUCUGACAGGAAAUACAGUUCUCUUCUUGGCCUUCUGCAACAGGAAAGGUGCUUAACAUCCACGCAAGAAUGCACCGUGAAGCAACACUCAAGUUCCGCUUGUAUGACUGGACCUGCCAGGUUACAAAAUGUGAGUCAAAGUUCAGCUCCUGAGAGAGAGAGGAGAACAAGUUCUUAUCAAGGCUCAGAAAAUCCCAGUGUAAGCCAUGCCGCUGCAGCUGGAAGAAGACGUGUACUAUUUACUGUUUGGGGAAUGAAAAAAUCAUCUGUCUCUAGAGAGUAAAUAAUUUCUAAUGUUUGUGGUAUCAUCCUCAGUAUGACAGUAUGUUUGUUGUGGAGUAUAUUGUCUGUUUAAUGCUUUUCAUGUAGCUGUCUUGAAAGUACUCUUAGUAAUUUUUAAUCUUGCUGCAUUUAUUCAUUUACCUUCUACGGACAAGAAGCACAAUUCUUACCAAUGCAGCUGUUAACCGACAAGCGCACAGACGCAGUUAGCAUAAAUUCAGUGCUGCAGCUUCUUUGCUUGAUUUGAUAUCUCCAUAUUGUUUAACAUAGUCUUAGUCACUGGCAAGGGACUUCAGCCACAGGCCAGCAACACACAUUGUUGUGUUUAUGUUUUGAAAGUGCAGCAAUUUGUAACCAUACUUGCAAUGGGGAUACUCUUCAGAAACUCUUAUAAUAUGCUUAUGCCUGAAGGCUCUGUUUUGCCCUCUCACUAAUGCGUAAUCAUCCCCUAGAAAGCAGUGAAUUCACAGUUGCUCUGAGAGGAAACCUGGAUUCUCACUGGAUGUAAUUAAAAUACUAUUCAGCAAACAGCUGGAAUGUUCUAUUUCCCAUCCUCUCUGCAGGUGUAAAAGGUUAUUUUUCUAAAUAAACUCUGCGGGUUUAUUUUUUCCUUCUCUGCUGGCUAUACAUUAAUUUAAUAUAAUGUCUAUAAUAUAAUGAUUAGCUUUUUCUGACAGCUCUAUGCAGUUACUGAAAGCAAUUUGACUUCUGAAAUCUAAGCUUGUGAUUUUAUAGAACAAAUCCUGAGCUGGUAUAAGUGUUUGUAACUGUCGCACCAGAUAUCUCUGCUGCAACUGCUCCAGUUGUAACACAUUGUGUAAUUUUAUUAGUAAUAUGAGUAUAGCAAGUUCGGGUGUUUAUGGUAGUAACUUACAAACUGAGAUUUUAAAAAGAAUGUGAUUUUUUUGGAAGUUUGCUCUAACAGAUACACGUUCUAGAUCAAUCUGAAAUCGCAAGGGGAACACUUUUAACCAAAUUAAUAAAAGAUACACCAAUA